AUGGCGAGAGAGCGCUCAGCAGAGCCAGUCAGGCGUCACAGGGACGACAGAGAGAGCCAAAGAGGAUGGUCAGACUCUCACCGUCGCAAGUACGGGGGUGAUGAGGAGAGAGGUCGGUCUGCAAAAGCCAGCAGCAGUCGACACGAACGAGAUGACGACGAAGACGAGCGCCGGGCUCACAAGCGGCAUCGAGAAGACGGCGCUGACAGACGGCCUCGAGACGAGUACAGCAGAUCUAAGCACGACAGAGAGACAUCACGCGAACGAGCAGCACGCAAGGAACAACGACGGGCUGCCAAAGAAGCAGCAAAGAGAGAAGCAGAGGAGCACCGUCUAGCUGCAGCCGAAGUCUCUGUCUACUCUGUCACGGACAACCCGUUCCAUGACUCCAAUCUCGAUCAGGCGUUCGUCUGGGGCAAGAAGAAAGACAAGGAGCGAAAGCAAGGUCUCACCCAAGAAGAUGCCGCCAAACGGGACGCACGCAGACGGCAAGAAGCCAAAGAAGAGCUCGAGAAGCUCAACCGACUGCGAGCCACGCGUGAGGAGGAGGCAGAGUUGCGCGAAGCCGAAGCGGCCCGAAUGGCCAGGUUACAAGAAUCCGCUCAGAUGGAGGAAUGGCUCAACAAAGAAGGAGAAUUCCAGCUGGAGCAAGCGCGAAAGCGUGCAGAGAUCAGGACAAAGGAGAAUCGAGCAAAGCCGAUCGACUUCCUGGCGCUCAAUCUCAAAUGGUCACAAGGUCGUGAGGCACGUCUGGCCAGCAGAUCGAAGCAGUCGCUCUUGCUGGACGAUGACGAAGAGGACGAGGGCGCCGGACUCGACAUCGAUCUCGAGGAACCCUACCUCAUCUUUGAGAAUCUGACGCUAGACGAAACCCGCGAGCUCGAGAACGAUAUCAAGAUGUAUCUCAGCCUCGAGACGACACCUUCCAACAUCGAUUUCUGGAAAGCUAUGCUGGUCGUAUGCGAUGAUGCUCUCGCUACACUCGAGUCUGAGCGCCAGCUCGGUCACGCACAAUAUCGUACGCAGCAGCAUACCACCGUCAAGUCCGAUAUCGCAAACAUGUUCCGUGACAAGACGUAUCAGCAACUGGCAGUCUUGCAAGGUCAGAUUGCAGACAAGCUUGGGAGUGGCGACCCUAUCGAUGUCGAGUACUGGGAAGGGUUAUUGAAAGAGCUCGCAGUCUGGAUGGCAAAGGCCAAGCUGCGCAACAUGCACGAAGUCGUUCUCAAGAACCGUCUCGAGCAGCUCCGCCGUCGCCAACGCGAUAGCGCUCUCAAGGCUCAAGCCGAGCUCGCCAAUACCAUCAAGCCUACUGCAGCUAGCAAGGUGGCGGCGGCGGCUGUCGAAAAGCAAGACGAGUACUCGCCUAGCAUGGAACCACCUCUCGUCCACAGCUUGCUCGAAGCCGAGCAGAACCUCGAGCUGCUCGACCCGCGAGAAGAGAUCAGAAAGCUCAUCGAAGCGCGCAAGCUGGUCGUCGGUGCUCACUUUGUGCCUCGCAAGCAGCGCGUCGUCGAUGAUGGACCCGAUCGUGAUGAAGUGGCAGAGACGCUGUAUAGGCAACAUGCGGAAUCGAUGUACCAGCAAGCGGCGUCUGACGACGACAUGGACGAGGAAGAAGAGCUGUUCAAUAUGGAAGCAGAGAUAAGCAAGCAUACCUAUGGAUGGGAAGACAAGUAUCGACCACGCAAACCUCGCCAUUUCAACAAGGUCAUUACUGCCUUCGAAUGGACCCGUUUCAACCGAGCCCAUUACGAUACGGACAACCCUCCACCCAAAGUGGUGCAAGGCUACAAAUUUGCCAUCUUCUAUCCUGACCUGAUCGAUAAGACGAAGACGCCAACUUACCUUACUGUCAAUGAACCAGGCAACGAGGAUACUUGCAUGCUUGUCUUCAAGGCAGGACCGCCGUAUGAAGAUCUCGGAUUCCGGAUAGUCAAGAAAGAUUGGGAGUACUCCCAUAAGCGUGGUUUCAAAUCGACCUUCGAUAGGGGUGUCCUGCAGCUCCAGUUCACGCUCAAGAAGACAUUCUAUCGCAAGUGA